AUAUAUAUAUAUAUGGAAUCCUGUGGGCAAAUCUGACCUCUCCAAUAAUUAUAUAGGCCCUUGAAGCUAUAUUCUUAUCAUCUCUUCCACUUGCAAAUAUGAAUGGAAUCAUAUGGGCAGAUCUGGGCUUAAUUUUAUAUACACAUAGGUGUUACUAAUUUGCAUUCCUUUUUCUAAGUCCGGUUACUGCACAAAUCUGACCUCUCUGAUAAUUAUAUAGACCCUUUGAGCUAUAUUCUUAUUAUCUCUCUACUUUGCAACUAGGAAAAGAUCUUACUCAAUGUCUUCUUCUUCUUCUUCUUCGUCUCCUAGAACAGAAUAUGAUGUGUUUUUGAGUUUUAGGGGUGAAGACACCCGCAACAAUUUUACAAGUCAUCUCUAUGCAGCUCUUUGUCAGAAAGGAAUCUACACCUUCUUAGACGAUGAUAAACUUGAGAGAGGCAAACCCAUUUCCCCAGAACUGUUGAAAGCCAUCGAAAAUUCACGCUGUUCGGUCGUCGUUCUCUCAGAAAACUAUGCUUCUUCGAGUUGGUGUUUGGAUGAACUUGUCAAGAUUCUCGAAUGCAGGGAGGCCUAUAAACAGAUUGUUCUGCCAAUUUUCUACCAUGUGGAUCCAUCUCAUGUAAGGAAGCAGAUUGGAAGUUUUGGAGAACCAUUCCACAGAUAUGAACAAGAUUUUAGUCAAAAGGUGCAGAGAUGGAGGAAUGCUUUAACACAAGUUGCCAGUCUUGCUGGAUGCGCUUUACAUGAUGGGAAUGAAGCAAAAUUUAUACAAGACUUUAUCGUGAAGGUAUCAGAUAAACUUGGUGUUGCACAGUUAAACAUUUCAGAGGACCUUUUUGGUAUAGAUUCACGACUAGAGAAACUAAAUGUUUGUGUUUGUACUUCAUCAUUGGAUAAUGUUCACUCUAUUGGAAUUUGUGGGUUGGGUGGAAUAGGGAAGACAACUCUUGCCAAAGCUUAUUAUGAUCGGAUGUUUUCUCAAUUCGAAGGUUGCAGCUUCCUUUCAAAUGUUAGAGAAGUUUGUGAAAAUAAGAAAAAUGGUCUUGUGUAUUUACAAAAUGUUCUCCUUUCAGACAUUCUGAAUGGCUUGCCUACAAAAAUAAGGGAUAUUCAUAAAGGAAUGGACAUGAUAAGAAGUAAGUUAUGCCAUAAGAAAGUACUUGUUGUCCUUGAUGAUGUUGACAAAUUAGACCAGCUAAAAGCAUUAGCUGGGAAAAAUAAUUGGUUUGGCUCUGGAAGCAGAAUAAUUGUAACUACUAGAGAUGAAAGUUUGCUUCUAAGUACAUAUAUAGAGUGUAGAAUAUAUAGAGUUGAGGAAUUGAAUUAUGCUGAAGGUCUUCAACUUUUUUCUCACAAAGCCUUCAAAGGUACUCAUCCUUCAACGGAAUAUGAGAACUUGUCUAAACAAGUGAUAGAUUAUGCUAACGGUCUUCCAUUAGCUUUAGAAGUACUAGGUUCCUUUUUGUGUGGAAAAAGUGUAAAUCAAUGGAAAAGUGCUUUGGAUAGGCUGAAGGAGUAUCCAAACAUGGAGAUUAUGAAAGUACUUCAAAUCAGUUUUGAUGGACUUGAGGAAACAGAGAAAAGUAUUUUCCUAGAUAUUGCAUGCUUCUUCAAUGGAUUUCAAAAAGAUAAUAUUAUUCAAAUUAUGGAUGCUUGUGGUUUCUUUCCAGAAAUUGAUAUAAAAAUUCUUAUUGAUAAAUCUCUCCUACAUGUUGACAAUCAUGACAAACUUUGGAUGCAUGACUUAUUGCAAGAGAUGGGAAAGGAAAUUGUUCGGGGAAAAUCUCGCAAUGAACCAGGAAGACGCUGUAGAAUAUGGGAUUAUGAUGAUUUAUGUCAUGUUUUAGAGCAUAACACGGGAACAAAAGUGGAAGCCAUAGUAUGCUGUUUUCUAACACCGAAGAAAUUGGUUUGCAAUUUUGAAGCCUUCUCAAACAUGAAGAAGUUAAGAUUGCUCAUUAUUCAUAAUCUUGUCUUGGAAAUGAGAGAUGGUCAGAAACUGAAUAUUGAACAUCUUUCUAAAGAGUUACGAUUCCUUAGGUGGCAUGAAUUUCCUGUCAAAUAUUUGCCAUCAAAUUUCCAACGAGGUGGACUUGUUGAAUUGAAGUUGUGGUUGAGCAAACACCUUUGGAACAACUCUAUCAAGCCUUUAAACAAUUUGAAAACCAUUGACAUAAGUUAUUCAACAAAUUUAAGAAAGUUUGAAGACUUUGGGGUGGUUCCAAAUCUAGAGAAGUUGAUUCUUGUAGCUUGUGUGAAUCUCUUGGAGAUUCACCCAUCCAUCACACUUCUUGAAAGGCUUACUAUCUUGAACCUGAAAGCUUGCAAUAGUCUACAAAAUCUUCCAACAAGCAUGGGUGGUCUGAAAUCUCUCAAAUUUCUAAACCUUGAAGGUUGUGUAAGCCUUACCAACUUACCAGAGGACUUGGGGCUUUUAAAUAGGUUAGAGGAGCUUAAUUUGAGAGGCAUUUCUGUAGAAGACAGAGAUCUACCAUCUUCCAUGGCACUUCUUGAAAACCUUAAAACACUAUCUUGUAGCGGAGGACGACAAUGGAACAAUAUGAUGAAUAUAAUUGUUGGAAAAGGUCUCUCGUCAUCGGCUGGUCUUUUUUCUUUGAAAGAGUUGAAACUAGUCAGCUGCGGUCUUGGGAAUGGAGCAUUUCCUGAUAAUCUUGACUGCUUAGUUUCUUUAGAAUAUUUAAACCUCAGCAAUAAUGAUUUCUCUCACCUGCCUGUCGGUUUCAAUAAACUAUCCAAGCUUAGCUGUGUUGAUUUAAGCCACUGUAGACAUCUAGAAUUGUUGCCAAAGCUUCCUCCUGGUGUAGAAUGGGUAGGCCUUGAUUACUGUGUAUCACUGGACAAGUGUCUUGAUCCAUUAAUGAAGGAGCAAUGCAGCUUAGGGUGUUCUGCAACUUGCACGGGAUGCUUGAAAUUGCCAAGAAGGCAAGGCAGCGAAAGGAUAGCAUUUACAUUACUAAAAGGAUACCUUCAGCAUCUCCCCAGCAAAAGAUUUGACGUUCUUCUUCCUGGAAAAGAAAUUCCAUCCUGGUUCACUUGUCCAAGUUUCGAGCCCUGCAUAGAGUUACAACUAGAUCCGAAUUGGUUCAACAGUAAGUGGAUGGGUUUCGCUCUUUUCUCAUGCAUUCAUAUACCAAGCCCAAUUUUCAGUUGUAAUUUAGUGAUUCACCAAAUGGACUACGCAUUUUCAGUAACAAACACUUAUAAAGCAGACGUGGUCUCAGCAGCGGGUUCCCCAGUGGAUCACCUUUGGUUAUUGUAUGUGCCUCGCAAUGAAAUCGACGCAGAUUUGCAAAACAAUAACUGCACUGAGCUUACGUUUUCAUUUACAACAACAAACUUGGAUGAGAAGACAUUAACAAUGGAGUACAUUAGAUCGUGUGGUGUCCGUCUGGUGUACGAGCAAGACAUAGAAGCUAUGGACUCAAUUUCCAGCAACCGCAUCGAAUAUCCUUUUGAAGGAUGAGGAGGAAAAAAAUUAAAAAAAAAAAAAAAAAAAAACUCCAGCUUAUAUAUAUAUAUAUAUAUAUAUAUUAUAUUUUGAUUUUGGUUCUAGCUUAAUAUAGUAUUGUUAAUUUUGCUUGUCUUACGUGCAAAUAUUGCAUUUUAACUGUUUUUAACUAACAAUACUGCAUUAGAUGCCCUUUUAUUUUAUUUU